GAGGCUUGGGAGCGAGUUUGGGGUCGAUUGGACGAGGAUCGGACGCAUGGCGAGGUUCUGAGGAAGUCGCACGGGCACACCCACAACCCACACGGCCGUGCAAGUGACCAGUUUGGCCGUGUGGGAUUGUGCGAGAGCAAACACGGGCAGAGCAGAAAACCCGCACGGCCGUGCGAGGAUGUAUGUUGGCCGUGCGGAAUUCUGCGAGGCCAAACACGG